AUUAGCAAAUGUCCGCCCUUCGUCUUGUUGUGCUCCCUUGGAGAUAUCCUUUUGGCCUAUUAUGGUCUUGAGUUCCAUGAAUUCCACUGGUGAGCAAGAACAAAGCCUGCAGAAGCUAUGCUCUCUCAGUCCGUGUCGCUCUCGUCGCAACCAAGCCUUCCUUCUCUACCUUCCCUAGGCACCCGUGACACAAACGUAAGCCCUUCCCUCCAUCAAUGCGUCGCCUCCCUCAGAGGCCACUCGUCAUACGUCUCCGCCCUCGCCGUCGACGGCGAUUCGCUGUACAGAGCCUCGUCGGACGGCCGCAUCAUGGUGUGGCCAUUGGACGACGCGAGUAGCAGGCAGGAACAGCAGGAUGACGACAGUCGCAGCGGUACAGUCAUUGCCUCGAGCAACAGCUCCGUGAAGUGUCUUCUCGCGGCGGGCAACGGCCUCCUCCUCAGCUCCCACCAGGACGGCAAGAUCAGAGCGUGGCGGGUCGGCAGCCGGAAGGAUGGGACCCGGCGCCUCGUCCUGCGCGCCGUCCUGCCUAUCGUUGUGGACCGGCUGCGGACUUGCCUGCUCCCGUGGAGCUACGUGGAGGUCCGGCGGCAUCGGAGGCGCACGUGGGUGCACCACGUGGACGCGGUCACCGCGCUCGCGGUGUCCCCGGACGGCGCGCUCCUGUACUCGGCGUCGUGGGACCGGAGCCUCAAGGUGUGGCGGCUGCCCGACUUCCGGUGCGUGGAGUCGAUCGCGCCCGCGCACGACGAUGCCAUCAACGCGUUGGCGGUGUCUCCCGAUGGGAACGUGUACACGGGCUCGGCCGACAAGAAGAUCAAGGCGUGGAGGCGCCACGCGGAGCAGAAGAACAAGCACGUGCUCGUACAAACGAUGGAGCGGCACAGGUCGGCGGUGAACGCGCUCGCUCUAGGAGUCGAGGGGAAGGUGCUCUACUCCGGCGCGUGCGACCGGUCGGUGGUGGUGUGGGAGCGCGCGGAAGGCGGCGCCGGGCGCAUGGAGGCCACCGGCACGCUCAGAGGGCACGCGAUGGCGAUACUGUGCUUGGCGGCGGCCUGGGAGGUGGUGUGCAGCGGGUCGGCGGAUAGGACGGUGAGGGUGUGGAGGCGGGAAGCGGGGAACACGGGGUACACUUGCCUUGCCGUCCUGGAAGGCCAUGGCGCGGCCGUGAAGAGCUUGGCGCUGGUGUGUGGACGUGACGGCGGUUGGGAGGAGGGCUCGUCAGGUGGUGGUGGUGAUGGUGGCGGUUCUGAUCUUGUUUGCAGCGGCGCACUGGACGGUGAAGUGAAGAUUUGGAGCGUGCUCGUUCCUUGCUUGCUUCAAAGAUAACCAGGAGCAGUUCGUGUAUACGUCAACGGCCUCAUGUGCCCAGGGUCUUCUUGGAUAUCCAGAUGUUGGAGCCGCCCACCGGCGCGUAGGACUGGGCGUGAGCGGAGCCUCGGUUGGCGUACGGGAGGUUGCAGGUGUACACAUAGGGAGGUGGCGGCAGAGCGUGGCAGUACCAGUCGUCGUGGCUGAGGGUGGUGCGGUUCUCGUGGAACAUGAGGCCGUCGAAGCCGUGGUAGCAGCCGCCGCCGCUGUUCUUGAAGUUGAAGACGGUGUCGAGGAUGUAGAGGUUGUUGCUUUUACCAUGCCCCGCUCGUUGAUUCUGAGGGAGGAGGGGGAAAAGAGAAGAAUUUUUGUUACCCUCUCUCCGGAAUCCCUUGCAAUCUUCUAUAAA